CAACCCCGAAUCAAAAACCCCCCAACCAAACAAACCCGAAGCUCUCUCCCCCUCCUCAAAUGGCGGCCGCCCAGCUCCUCCGCCGGAAUCUCUGCACCUCCACCACCCCCAUCCCUCGCACUCCCAAACCCAUCUCCAAUCUCAUCUCCCGCAUCCGCACAUCCGACCCCCAUCUCAUUCCCGACCUCAUCUCCGAAGCCUCCCCACAAAUCCCACGCCUCCACCAGCACCGUCCUCUCUUCCACCUCGCCGUCUCCAAGCUCGCCCGCGCUCACCGUCCCGACCUCAUUGACCGCCUCCUCUCCUCACCUCCCACUCCCACCUCCGAUGGCUUCCUCGCCCGCAUCAUCUCCCUCUACUCCCUCGCACGCAUGCCCUCCCGAGCCAGCGAAGCCUUCAACUCCUCCGCCAUCUCCCCCGGCCCCAAAUCCAUCUCAGCUCUCCUCUCCGCUUUCAUCGACAACCGUUUCCAGCUCGAUCACCUCCAAGAAAACUUCAAUCAGCUCACCAAACGCCUUGCCUUCACUCCAGGUAUUCCUCUCUACAACCUCCUCCUCAAAGGCCUCUGCCAAAAUGGCGAUCUAAGUGCCGCCCGGAAGGUGCUUGAUGAAAUGCCUCAACGAGGUCUCACGCCCAAUGUAAUCUCCUACAACGCUCUCCUCCACGGUUUCUUGGACAAAGGAGACGAAGCUGGAUUCCAAGAAGUUCUAAGAGAAAUCUCAAACAACAAACUUGAGCUCAAUGUCUUCACUUACAACUGCAGAAUCAAGAAUUGGUGCCAAAAAGGUGAGAGUUUUAAAGGUGAGGAAUUGUUGGACGUCAUGGUAAGCAAAGGAUUGAAGCCGGAUCGAAUGAGCUUCCAUUCCAUCAUCAAUGGAUACUGUGAAGAAGGUGAUGUUAGCUCUGCACGGAAGGUGUUCGGCAAAAUGCGAGUGAUGAAGAGGAAGGGUGAGUGUGAUGUGACGCCGGCACCGGAGAUUUAUAAUGUGUUGGUGAAAGGAUUGGUGGAGAAGGGGGAGUUUGAGAUGGCAUUCAAGGUGUGCAAGGAGAGUGUUGGGAAGAAGUUUGCAUUGCCGUUUGAGGUGGUGAAGGGUUUGAUUGAUGGUUUGGUGAAGCAGGGGAAGGGUUAUGAGGCAGGGGUUGUUGGGAAGAAGAUGAAGAUGGUGGUGAAAGGGAAGGAGGCUUUGGAUGCAUGGAAUGAGGUUGAGAAAGGUCUUGCAUUGCAAUGAUUGGUAAGUUUUGUGUUGCUUUUGUGGUGUUUGUUUGAUUUGUUUUGAUUAAAGGCUUGAAUCUUGUUUUGGAUGGCAUUGUUGUUUGACUUGUGUCAAGGGGUCAUUUGAUGAUGAUAUAAUUAGGUUAAAAU